CGGCCUAGUUCGGCUCCGUUCGGCUCGGCUCGGUUCCGUUCGGCCCGGUUCGGCUCCCCUCGGCUCGGCCAUGGAGAGUCCGGAGGCGGGGGCCACGGUGUCCCCCGAGGAGGAUUUCUCCUUCGUGAGCCCCAUAGUGAAGUUCGUGCUCUUCUUCUUCAACAUGCUCUUCUGGGUGAUCUCCAUGGUGAUGGUGGCAGUGGGGGUCUAUGCCUGGCUGCUGAAGCACGCAGAGGCGACCAUGGCGUGCCUGGUGGUGGACCCCGCCAUCCUCCUCAUCGUGGUCGGUGUCCUCACCUUCCUCAUUGCCUUCUGUGGCUGCAUUGGCUCCUUACGGGAGAACAUCGUCCUGCUGCAGGCGUUCUCCAUCUGCCUGGCCAUCAUCUUCUUCCUGCAGCUGGUCGCUGGCGUGCUGGGCUUUGUCUUCUCCGAUAAGGCACGCGGGAAGGUCAGUGAGAUCAUCAAUGGUGCCAUCGUGCACUACCGGGAUGACCUGGACCUGCAGAACCUCAUUGACUUUGGGCAGAAGGAGUUCAGCUGCUGUGGGGGUAUCUCCUACAAGGACUGGUCCCAGAACAUGUACUUCAACUGCACCACGGACAACCCCAGCCGGGAACGCUGCUCUGUCCCCUUCUCCUGCUGCCUGCCGGAUGACGACGAGGUGAGGCUGGUGUCCUCCUGGGAGAUCUGCUCCUCCUCUUCCAUUCUGUGGAUGGGGGCAGAGCUCCCAGAAGAGGCAGGGACGCCCCAGUCCAGCCGGGUGCGGUUUUUGUCCCCAGGUUGUCAUCAACACCAUGUGUGGACAUGGCAUACAGGCCAUGGGCUAUGUGGAGGCCAGCGCUGUCAUCUACACCCAUGGCUGCAUCGACAGCUUGGUCAACUGGAUCAACAGGAACCUCUUCCUGCUGGGGGGCAUUGCGCUGGGGCUGGCAGCCCCACAGCUGGUGGGCAUCCUGCUGGCUCAGAUCCUCAUCAGCCAGAUCAGAGACCAGAUCAAACUGCAGCUCUACAACCAGCAGCACCGGGCAGACCCCUUGUACUGAUCCCAGUGCAUUGCAGCGUCUGUCCCUGCCAGGACAUCCAAACCCUGGAUCCAUAGGAAGAGCUGAAGGGACUGUGCUGGAGAAGAGGAAGGCUGGAGCUAUGGAUGCUGGAUCUGUGCACUGUGGCCGGGCUUAGCUGGGACAUACCAAGCUGCUGUGCCCUGUUUGGGGGACCAAACUGCUGUCUCUCUGUCUGUCCUGGGGGACUCCAAGCUGGUGUGCAUAUUGUGCUUGAAGCACUGGGAUGUGCUUCCCAUCUCCGAUGCCCUCGUGGAGAUGGGCAUUUGUCUGUCAGUCCGUCCAUGCCCUGAGCUGCCUUUAUCCGGGCCACUUCUGGCUCCAGAACUGGGUAAGUUCUUCCAAUCACUGGUGCCACAAACCCCAUUGGCAUCCUGCGGGUGACCCAUGAGACAGUUGAGGGCUUUGCUUGCUGGCUGGGAGCAGGAGCCAUCAGCAGUGUGUCUACCUGGAAGAAAGAGGAAGAGGAGGGUGUCCUGCCCAGUGCUGACCCAUGGGUGCUUCCUUAGCCCAGGGCUGGGGUCCCAUGUCUGCCCCCAGGAGGGCUCAAACACCUCCAUGGGGUGCUGAACCCCUUGUGGAAGGGGGAAUAAAGAGAUGAGGCUGGGCCCUG